AUGUCCCUCCUCCGCCUCACUGCCCAGCGUGCCCCUGCGCUUGCGCGCUCGUUCUCCGUCUCGGCUGCGCGCAAGGACCUCAUCCAGGACCUCUACGUCAACCAGCUGAAGGCCUACAAGGCGCCCGCCAAGUCGGCCGACGCCCACGCGCAGCACGUGCGCUCCUUCGCCAAGCCGGCUGUCCCCGCUGCGCCCGCCGUCCCCAGCGACCUUGCCGGCGAGAUGUCCAAGUUUGACGCGACCGAGCCCACUCUUGGCAACAACGCUGCGCCUACCCAGGCCGCCGCUGCCGAGUCGGGCGGCUCGGCCCAGCAGUUCCUCGAGGCUAUGGAGGCCGACCUCCCCAAGAACGAGCACCACUAG